UUGUAUGAGCUUAUUUAAUUUGUACAAGUUGGUGUUUUCCUGCAUGGCUGUAAAUUUGCCACACCUCCAGAAAACAUACAAUACAGUUCAAGUUGCAUCAUUUCAAGGAAACCAGCUGUGGUAGGAGUCAUAGAGUGAAUGAAGAGGAAGGACGGCAUUUGUAUCAGUUUCAUUUCCACGGAACGUACAAUGGCUACUAGACAGAACAGAAAGGAGGAACUUCUGAAAAGUGAAGAAUCAUUCAGAAGGAAUGCUCGAGUAAUUAUUGCUGAAAUGAUUAAUCUGAGUAACCAGACUCGAGAAGAUACUUCAGCGUUAGUGGAUGAGAUUCUUCACAGCAUCUUCUUUUUGGGAGAGAUCCACUGUCCACCAAUUUCCCCAGAAAGUAUUCUGAGAGAUGACGAUGAUGAUGAAGAUGAUGAGGAUGAAAACCUAUUGAAGGCCUUGAAGGACUGCUACCCUCGGCCAUUUAAACUCUAUUCCUGUCAACUCCCCAGGAGGAGUCCAUUUUCAUGUGUGCUUGACAUGGUAGUGUACCUCAUUGGACAAGAGAAUGAAGAGGAAAUAAGAGACGGACUGCAGCAGUUCAUCACUGAUGUGGAGGAUGGUGCUCCAUCAAAGCAUUUGAUUUCCACCACCAUCUGCAUCUCUCAGAAAUCCAGCAAUUCAGUCAGGCACUACGGAGUCUCCAUGUCCACCUCGGGUCGUAAUGCAGGGAAAAUCAUGGUUGCUGCCUCAUGCUUAAGUGCCUGGAAUGAUUAUGUAGCUAAUGCAGUGAUGACCUACUAUCCAAAGAAGUCCAAGAAGUCAUACUUUGAUGGAACCAUCAAAAUACCUCGGGUCAGGUGUCAGGCUUUUAACCUCAGAAUGGGAGGAGAAAUGAAGCCUUGCAGAUCAUGUGGUAACAUGUUUGGCUUGAACACAGAUGUGGCAAAGGAGUGGGACUAUGGCAACUGUGCUGAAGUUGAGAGUUUGAGUAACUUACUGAAAAAUGAAAUAGAAGUUAAAGAGCAAUCACAACCAACAUCUGACACAUGGACACCUGAGAACAUAAGCAGAACUGCGGAAGAUGUUCUUCGGGAACUUAGGGCUGUGUUACGCAUGAUCAAAUUUAAAUGGGAUGGUCAUUUCUACACCCCACAAAGCAGUACAGUGUAAAAAGGGAUUUACUGGAUAUUGAAAUCUGAUAAGUCUAUUACAAUAGUACAAUAACUGUGUGUGAAAAUUCAGUCUCCCGCAAUCAGAUGGUUUUCUAUGAUGAUAGAACACAGUUGAAAAGUUCACAGUUAACUCAUUUAACUCUGAGAAUUUUUAACUGCCAUAUCUAUCAAAGGAAACUAUAUUUUACAUUUUUUUAAACAUCACAAAACUAUAUUUUGAAUCAUUCACAAAGUGCCUGUGAAGUAAAAAACAACAACAAAAAAAAAACAACAACACUGCAUCGCCACAUUUCGUCUAUUUCAGUCUCAAGUUGAAUCUAUAACUUCCAUAUCUAUUUGUGAUGCCUUUUUGUAAAUGUAAGUUUUCAGUGAUGCUGAUCAUGGUAAUCCUAAAUGCCUCAGUAGAACACAACUAUAGGGUGGCAGAAAUAUUCUGAUCAUUUACUUAAGCAAAAAUAGCAAUAUAGCAAUGUAAAAAUACUUCAUUACAAGUAAAAGUACUGCCUGGACAAUCUUACUGAAGGAAAAGCCCCUAAAUAUUUGCAGCAAAAUGUGGUUAGAAUAUUAAAGUACUGCUAUGACAUAUACAGUACAUAUUUUACUGAUAUCAAAAAUUUCAUCAUGAAAUAAAUAAUAUUGAAGCAUCAGCAUCUCAGCAGCAUGUUACUUUUGCAGCUGCUGCAGGUCUGAACUACUUUAUUUCCAGUUUUAUAUUCAGGGACAACAGAUAAUCAUCACAUGAUUAAUGAUAGAAUAAAAAAGAUAAAACAACUAUCUUUAUCUGAAAUAAGGACUGAAGCAGAACUCUUUAUUGUGAGCCUUCCCAAAGUGAUCUUUAGUUCAGGUUUCCACCACAAACAUUUCUUAUAUUCCUGCCAUUCUGUCAGCAACGUGUGUGUUUUUGUAAAUCACAAAUAUUCCUGUUUUUGAAUGCUCUGAUGUCUUUUUCUACAAUGUUUUUUUUUUUUUAAAAUCUCAGUUAAUACAUUUAUCUCUGAGACUGCAUUAGCAUCAUAUUAAAUCUUAUUUUAUGACAAACUCUGCAAUGUAACUUUUAAAAUGUCCUUGCUUCCCAACUUCUGUUUUUGAUUCUUUUACUCUUCUGCAUCCUUAAAUUUUAAUGACCUUUUUAAUGAUUUUAUAAAUGUGUUUUCUUUCUUUUUAUAAUUGUGUUUUCAUCUGCUGUUUUAAUGUCCUUGUGAAGCACUUUGAAUCGCCUUGUUGUUGAAAUGUGCUAUAUAAAUAAACUAACUUUAACUUUAUAUGAGUCUAUGGAAAAUGUAGAAAAACUUUAUGUAGUUUAUGAAACUGUAUUUAUCUCCCUAACAAAGAGACACAAGUUAAAUAAAAAUAUGAUUUUUAAAUUUUAACAAACAGUUUUAUGUUAAAGCUCUAGUUUCUGUACAUUCAGCAUGUUCUGUUUUCUCAUGGUGUCUUUUCUUCUUUUUAAAAAAUUCUGUCUGCACAAAUAAAAAUCCUUCUGUCGAUCAUCUGGA